AUGGCGUCGUCACCCUCAAGGAGGAGGAGAGGGGGAUUCCAUUCCUCUCGUGGUAGCCAACAUCUGGUAACGAGGCACCGCCAACGAUCAUUCAACCAGAACUCUGGUAGUAGACGUGAUCGGAUAGCAUCAUCUGCGAGGGCGUCCUUAACUGCGGUACGCACUGAGAAUUCUGCUGCUAGCGAAAUAUUAAGUGAAUUUGGUCCGGAACAGGUCAAUGGCGGUGAGAAGGAGCAGGAUGAAAAUGAAGACCUGUGUCAGGUGGUGAUGGCUUUGGAUAUGAAAGAAAGGGGAAGUGUUGGUUGUUGCUAUUAUGUCGCGAACGAGGCAAAGAUAUAUCUACUUGAGGAUAUUGCUUCUGGGGGACAGGAGGUAAUUGAGAUGUUAAAGCUUGAUGUGGAACCAACACUGGUUCUGCUCUCAACUCGUGCGGACCAAAACACAGACGCAUUGAAACAGGGUGUGCAAGAUCUUCAAAUGAACAGUGAUGAUCAAUUCCAACUACCCUAUCACGUCGAUGUUCGACCAGUGCAGGAGUUUAGCUUCGAGUGUGCAAAGCUCAGGCUUGCUGGCCUUCAACUUGAUCCCAGUAGAGGCGAUACACAAUUUUUUGUCCCUAGCGAUGCCUUUUCGCUGAAUCAAAAUGGCGGCGAAACCGAUCUGGGCUUUACCGAUCAACAGGGAAAGUUACUAAACCUUUCUGGUUUUAUUGACAUGAACAAUCGUAUAUCUAUUGGGUGUGCCGGUGCUAUCGUUACGUACUUGCAGAGAAUACGUGCAACAGAGUGCUUAUCGCGAGACCACUCCGGGAAUGAAGGAUUUAACGUUCAGUCCGUUGAAAUACGGAGCCUGAAAGGAACAAUGUUUGCCAAUACGGAUACACUCACGUCGCUCCAGGUGAUCCAAUCUGAGUCUCAUCCCAAUGCAUUCAACCAAGGGCCCGGAAAGACUUCAUCUGGAUCUAAGGAGAGCCUGUCAAUAUUUGGCCUUUUCCAUCAUUUUGCUAGGACGCCUCAGGGAAAGGCUCGGUUAAGACGAAAGUUUCUUCGCCCUAGCACGGAUCUCGCAUGUAUAAGAGAGAGAAAUGACUUUAUAAGCACAUAUCUGCGUUCCGACAAUGGCGUGGCUAUCGAAAAGCUUACAAAAAGCUUGAAAGGGAUAAAGAAUUUACGUCCAGUGAUGGUGCAUGUGAGAAAGGGUAUCAGUUCGGGAAAUGCCAAGUUCAAAGCGUUCAAAAGUGGCGUUUGGGCAACGCUUUUGGAAUUUGCUUUUCACGCUAUAGAUGUGCGCGAAACGAUACGAACCGUUACAGGUGCAGAGAACCUGGACAUACAUGCGAGGGUUCUCGAUAAACUGGAUAUAGCUAUUCUGCAUCAGGUUGGGAGAAUCAUACAUGAAACAGUCGACCUUCAAAGCUCGAUUGAGGAGCAUCGAACUGUUGUCAAGCAAAGGAUGGAUCGAGAACUAGACGACCUCAAGGAAGCAUACAAUGGCCUGGACAAUUUGCUCAACCAGGUGGCCAUAAAUAUUGCUAGCACCAUACCCGAAAGACUAAGUAAUGACCUCAAUGUCAUUUACUUUCCCCAACUUGGGUUCAAUAUUGCCAUGCCACUCGAUGAAAGAGGUAGAGCCGUUUACAAUGGCGGAGAUCAGCCGUGGGACCAAAUAUUUACUACGGAAAAUCGAGUUUACUUCAAAGAUUACCGCAUGCGAGAAAUGGACGAAAAGUUUGGAGACAUCUACGGGCUGAUUUGUGAAAAGGAAAUUGAAAUCGUCUACGAGAUGGCACAAAAGGUCCUUCAAUAUGAAAACACGCUUGUGGAAGCCUCAGAUAUAUGCGGAGAAUUAGAUAGCCUUCUAGCUCUCGUUCAAGGGGCUAGCUUAUACAAGCUUAUACGACCACAGAUGACGCAGGACAACAGUAUCAUAAUCAAGGGCGGGCGCCAUCUUUUGCAUGAAGUUACCGUUCCUACAUUUAUCCCAAAUGAUACCCUCAUCGUUGGCGGAAACAAAGGAGAGGGACCAUCCCCAAGCCCUUCUGCUCCACUUUUGGAAAAUUCAGAUGUCAUUGUUGAAACUCAGGGCCCAAGUAUGCUUUUGCUGACAGGCCCAAAUUACUCUGGAAAAAGUGUUUAUUUGAAACAGCUGACAACCCUCUGGGUGGCUCUAAUUGUGUACAUGGCACACAUUGGGAGUUUCGUCCCUGCAGAAAGUGCUAGAAUUGGAAUCACAGAUAAAAUACUAACCCGGAUAACAACGAGAGAAACUGUGUCCAAGGCAAGAUGGAGCUCCUUUAUGAUCGAUUUGCAGCAAAUGUCCUAUGCAUUGACCCUCGCAACCGAACGAAGCCUGAUUAUAGUCGACGAAUUUGGCAAGGGAACAGAGUCAACUGAUGGCGCCGGCCUUGCCUGUGGAUUAUUUGAACACUUGCUGAGUCUGGGUGAGAAGAGGCCAAAGGUGCUGGCUGCAACCCACUUCCACGAAAUAUUCGAGAACGGAUUUCUACCACCAAGAAGGGAGCUUGGCUUUGGGUAUAUGGAAGUACAAGUUGAUUCGACUGCGAGGGAUGUGGAAAAUCAGGUCACUUUCCGGUCCGGACGUAGCAAUGCCAGUUUUGGGACCAACUGUGCAGCAUUGAAUGGCAUUGAUCCAGCGAUAAUCGCACGAGCAAACGAAAUUGGCACUCUUGUUGCCCGUGGUGAAGACCUUGUGGUCAUUUGCGCAAAGAUGUCUGCGGGUGAAAUGGAGGUACUUGAAGAAUCUGAGAGCAUCGCGAGGAGAUUCCUCGCGACGGACUUUUCGAGAACAGAAGCUGCUUCGGGCCCUGGGAGCGAAGGUUAUGAGCGCCCCGAAGCUUUGCUCGAGAAUAUUAUAGGUAACAGGUAUUAUAGCACUGUAAUGGGUGGGUUUACGUGA